ACAACACAUCGAAUAUAACAACUAACCAAAUACAAUAACAACGCUGGCUCCCCAAACCUGCCCAAAAGAGAACGGCAACCAAAACAGCCAUUAAUGUCCCCCAAUUUUCGUUUGAAAGUUUUGCCGCCGUUUGCUCCUUCUUUUCACUGACUUGGUUAUUUUCGCUUUCCUGCGUUGUGAGUUCUUUUGUUCUAUGGCGUUUAGGAUGUGUCCAAUGGCAGCAAGUAAUCGAGAAUUCACUGUUGACGACAACGACGACGACGACGACUUCGACUGGGAAGCAGCCGUCAAAGAAAUUGACGUGGCCUGCCUAUCAGGAAUUCACUCUGCUUCAUCACAUUCACUUCAUCCUUCCCUAACGGAAUCCUCCGACGCCACUGCAGAAACUCCAGCUUCAUUUCCACUUUCCGAGGAGAAUGAAAAACGCGGGACUUCUCGCCAGUCUACACUUCACAGAUUUAUCAUGAAUGCAAAGUUUCAAAAGAAAACAAUGGACGUCGAAAAACCGGUUCAAGAUCCCGGCCUUGUUGAAGACUCGGUUGGUCUUGUUGACAUAGAUGAGGAGGCAGCAAAGACCUGGAUAUAUCCAGUUAAUGUUCCUCUUCGGGAUUAUCAGCUGGCUAUUACAAAGACAGCACUAUUUUCAAAUACGUUGGUGGCUUUGCCUACAGGACUUGGAAAGACUCUUAUUGCUGCAGUUGUUAUGUAUAACUACUUCAGAUGGUUUCCUGAGGGCAAAAUUGUAUUUACUGCUCCUUCUCGACCACUAGUCUUGCAACAGAUAGAAGCAUGCCAUAAUAUUGUCGGAAUACCACAAGAAUGGACCAUUGACAUGACAGGCAUGAUAAAUCCGGCCAAAAGAGCAUCUUUUUGGAGAAGUAAAAGAGUUUUCUUUGUUACACCACAAGUACUAGAGAAGGAUAUUCAAUCAGGCACAUGUUUGAUGAAAUACCUGGUUUGCUUAGUGAUUGAUGAAGCCCAUCGAGCACUUGGAAAUUACUCUUAUUGUGUUGCAGUUCGUGAGUUAACGAAAAUACCUUUGCCACUAAGAAUACUAGCCUUAACUGCCACACCAGGAUCAAAGCAUCAGGGUGUUCAGCAAAUCAUUGACAACUUACACAUUUCAACCCUUCAAUAUCGUGAUGAAAGUGAUCAUGAUGUCAGUCCAUAUGUUCAUGACAGGAAAAUAGAAUUGAUUCAAGUUGCAAUGGGAGAAGAUGCUGUUGAGAUAGAUAAUAAGCUCCUGGAAGUUAUGCGUCCAUUUGUGGCCAAACUUCGUUCAAUAGGAAUUCUCCAGAACAGAGAUUAUAGAACGUUGAGUCCCUGUGAUUUACUGAACUCCAGGGAUAAAUUUCGUCAAGCACCCCCACCAGUCCAUCCACACAUUAAGUAUCAUGACGUGGAGGGUUUCUUUGGAGUACUCAUUACACUAUACCAUAUACGUAAGUUACUUUCAAGCCAUGGAAUAAGGCCAGCGUCUGAGAUGCUAGAAGAUAAGCUACAACAAGGGUCUUUUGCAAGAUUUAUGAGCAAAAAUCAUCAUAUCUGUGAAGUGAGACUCAUAAUGGAGAAGAGCUUGACCCAUGGUGCACCAAGUCCCAAAUUGUCCAAAAUGAUGGAAGUAUUGGCCGACCAUUUUAAAACGAAGGAUCCACAAGAUUCAAGGGUGAUUAUAUUCUCAAAUUUCAGGGGAAGUGUAAGGGACAUUAUGAGUGCACUAUCCAAGAUUGAAGACAUUGUCAGAGCUACUGAGUUUAUUGGUCAAAGCUCAGGAAAAUCUCUGAAAGGUCAAUCACAAAAGGUUCAACAGGCUGUUUUGGAGAAAUUUCGUGCUGGCGGGUUCAAUGUCAUUGUUGCCACAUGCAUUGGUGAAGAAGGUCUUGAUAUAAUGGAAGUCGAUCUUGUUAUCUGUUUCGAUGCAAAUAUUUCACCAAUAAGAAUGAUUCAGCGGAUGGGUAGAACCGGAAGGAAGCAUGAUGGAAGAGUGGUAGUUUUAGCAUGUGAAGGGUCAGAAUUGAAGGGUUACAUGAAAAAGCAAGCAACAAGCAAGUCUAUAAAGAAGCACAUGCAAAAUGGGGGAAUAAAUAGCUUCAACUUUCAUGCUAGCUCUAGAAUGAUUCCACAUGCUAUCAGACCAGAAGUCCAGUUUGUUAAGCUGUCUAUCAAACAAUUUGUUCGUCCUGGAAAGAAAGUGAAAGAUGAUCAUGCUGUUCAGAUAACAUCAUUUAAGAACAAGUUAACUGAUACUGAGACUGAGUUACUUCUCAAGUAUUUCCAUCCUUGUGAUGAUGCAUGGAGGCCGUCCCUUAUUGCCUUUCCUCACUUCCAGACUUUUCCUUCAAGAACCCAUGGAGUAUUGCAUUCAUCUAGAACAAUGGUUCUGAUUAACACAAUGCAACACUUGCAAGGACUGCAUUUUUCUAGGGAAUCUGAAUCAUUCUCUAUUGCACAGUCAAGAAAUGAAGUCAACACAUCAAAAGCAGAAUUAGAAACACCAUUAGUGUAUCCAGAAGUCUCACUACCCCAAAAUUCUGCAGAAAACAAUUGUAUUUCUCGUUGCUGUUCUCCCAAACAUUCUACAAUAGACCUCGUUGGUUCAGGUAGCAAAUUGUUGAGUUCUUCUGAGCCAGGUUCUUACUGUGUAAGAACUGCUCAGGACUUAAUUGUGCCAACUGAAGCUGUCAACGAGCGGACAACUUCGCAAACAAAAAUCUUACCGGAUGAGAUUUUUCCAAGCCCUGAAACAGAUUGUGUUCCUGUCUUGGAAGACAAAGCAAUGAAUCUGAUUGAGAAAAAUCAUCAAAACACUCCAUUGAAGAGGACUUUUUUUAAUAAAGACACUGUCGAUGAAAAACUUGUUCUGGAAAUCGAGCCGCAAUUCACCCCGGCUGACGAAUGCUGUAUUACUGAGACUCAGCUUAGUCCUCGUCUCACUAAUUUAAUUGAGAGUGGUUUUGUACCAGAUUCACCAAUUGAUGAUUGUGGAUAUUCUAGACAACGGAUAUCUGAAUCAGCAAAAUCACAGCUUAUCUUGCCUGCCCAAGUGGAUGGUCUACAGCUUUUAAACUCCUCAAGUUCUGGGAUAAAUGAAAUGAUCAAUUGUAAUGGGGGCUUUUGUGCUGGAAAUUAUAUUUUUCUCGCAAGUAGUGAAGGUCAAUCUUCUGCACUCAAGGAUAAUGAGAGCGUGGGUAUAAAAUCACAUGCCCCUACAUCUUCUGUGGCUGAUGAAAUACAAACUCCCUUGGCUAUUAUUGCAAGCAGUUGUGAUAAUGAAGUUUGGGAUUCAGUUAAUGGAGAAAAGUUCAGCAGCAUACCGAAACCCCACAAAUUCAAAAGAUUGCGAAAGGUUGGAGACAUGAAGAAAAAUGAAAACGUCGAAAGCAUGGCAAAAACUUCAAUUUCUCCAUUGGGAAAUAUGGUUGGAACUUUUUCUAGCACCAGACAAUUUAAAAGAAAGAAACGUGAUGGUGAAAGGAAAUUUGAUGACAAUGUUAAAGCAUUUAUCGAGGAGGAAGCUGAGGUGUCUUCGGAUGCUACCUUAUCUGGGGAUGAAGAUGACAAGAUUAAGAGCUCAUUUGAUAGUUUCAUAGAUGAUAGGGUCAGUGCUAGUGCCUCUAGUACUCAAGAUGAAACAAGCAAACCUGAUAUGAUGGCAAUUUACAGCAUCAAAUAUUACAAAUUCCGGAAAAAAAAAAAUUAGAUGAUGAAGUCUCCAUAGUCGGUACCAGCAGUGAAGAAUUAGAACCUGUUAGUUUAGAGGAGAGAGACGACAAGUUGGCUGAAUUCAAGGUAAAUAAUCUGGAUGAUGCGUUGGGUCCAGAUCUUCCUAAGUUAUUUCUCACCCCUGAACCCAAGGCUUGCUAUAAAGAAUUGGCAGAAAGCUUUCCUGCAGAAUUAGUCCCUUUCAUUGCUGCUUGUGGAAUUGAUCUUAUCUAAAGAAGAUCUGAAUAAGCGAAACAUGAAAGUCAAAUUGUGGAACACUAGAGGCAUCCUAAAUAAAUCAAAACAAUUAGUCUUGAAAGGAGUAGUGAAGUUGACUUAUCCAGAUGUUAUUCUAAUUCAAGAGACGAAACAAGAGACUAUUGACAACUCCUUAAUUAAGGCUUUAUGGAGUUCGAAGGACAUUGGCUGGGAUUAUAUUGAAUCAACCGGUAGAUCUGGAGGAAUGUUGACUAUGUGGGAUGAAAGUAAAAUAUCUGUAUGAAGUCAUUAAAGGAAGAUACGUCCUCUCGUUUAAAUGCAAUAUUGUUUGCAAGAAGCCUUGUUAACAUAAUGAAGAAAGCUAGCUGAAAGCUUUGGCAAAUAAAGAAGACAACGAUGAGCAACUGGAUUUAGCAACAGAGUAGUACCCUAAAAUGGUUGCUGGAAGCAGACCUUCUGGAACUAUAUAGGAGGGAGGAAAGAGACCUUAUUCAGAAAAGUAAGUUAAACCAGAUGAAAUUAGGGGAUGUGAACACCACGUUUUUCCAUCAGUUUCUAGCCGCCAAAAAAAAGAAGUCUACAGUUUUUUCAGAGAAAAUUGCCAAAUACCAAUUGCUGGAAAAGCUGCUCUCCAUCUUUGAAAUGUCCUGGGUGCCUCACUUGGAGAGUAGAGAAUCGGUUAGACAGCUUCUAGGAGGGCCUCAUCUUAAUAAGAUUGUGCAGUUUCUUUGUGGAAUGCAGUCAAAGCCUUAUUGGCUGUUUUGUGGUUUGAAAGAAACCAAGGACUUUCACAACAAAUCUCUCGAUUGGGUCGAUCGUUUUGAAAAUACUCAUUGAAAUUCCUGUGCAUUCUUUAACAAGUAGUGAGACAUAAUUAUAGUGCGGAAGAAAGGAAAGCCCUUGUUGAGCUGGUUAGCUAUAUAAAGAGCAUUGGGUCAAUGAUGCAGCAGUGUGAUACUCUGGUAGCUGAUGCUUUGUGGGAAACUGUUCAUGCUGAGGUUCAAGAUUUUGUUCAAAACACAUUGGCCACCAUGUUACGAACUACCUUCCAGAAGAGGAAAAAAAUUUCAUGGAUUCUUUCUUAUAUACGAACCUUGUCAGCUGAUUGGAUGGCAAAUAGAAGCAAAUCUGAUUCUGAAGCACAAUCCCAAAGAGGUAAAGAAAGUAAAUUGAACUUCUUUUUCCACGGCAAGUUGCACCUACAGUUAGCCAGCUAUUGAAAUACGUGAGGACUUGGACAAAAAUCAAUGUGGCUGAUUAUUAAAAGAUUGCUAGAGAAAUCAAUCUGGUUGUUGUACUAAUUCAUGAAUCUAGAAGAGACAGCUUUGACAAAGCAUUCGUAAAAAGCAUCUAGAGCUCAAAAGAUGUUGGCUGGAUUUUUGCUGGAAGCUUAGUUUCGGCGUACAUUCUUACAAGGUGGGAUGAAGGUUUUUUUCGGUGUCUGACAUUGCUAAAGCAGAUUUCUCUUUGAUAACUGGAGUAAUGUGUUGAAGGCAGUGCUGGCAAGAUUUUGUGGACUAGUAGACUGCUUCAAGUUCCUCUAGACAUUGGAUUGCAUUGGUAAGACAGUUUUGUCGGGGCUGGUUGCAUCUUCUUAGCUCUCUUUUUCUUUCCAUCUUGAAGACUUGCGUGUGCAAGAUUUUAGUUUCAAGUGGGCUAAUUUUGAGAGAGUUUAAGUUUUGCUUUGUAUUUAGCUUUCUAUUGAUAUAUUGUCUUUGAGUGGCUUUUAUUAGCUCGUUAUUUUCUGCUCGGGUUCGUUUUUAGAAUUCCAUCAUAUUUAUGUUACCCGAGUAUAGUUAUUUGUUUAAGUUUUAGCUUGUAUUUUUCCUUAGUUCUUUUUACUCUUAGUAUAAUACUCUUGUACUUUGAGCUUUAGUCUCAUUAUCAUUAAUAAAGAGGCUUAUUUCCGUUUCAAAAAACAGUAUUUGGAAUUUGGUGGCUUCCUCCUCUUUCUGUAAUCUUCUGAAGUAAACCGACCAAGUGCUAGUUUGACUAUCCGAAUGCUUCGCCACAAACCCUUCUGGUGAAAGGGAAAUACGAAUAAUCUUGGGAAUUUGCUAUUUAGUGGGAUAACAUCCAGCCAACAGUCGGUCCAGAAGAAGAAGAUUCUGCUGCCAGUGCCCACUCUAAAGGCAGCCAACUUUGCACCAUUCUCUAGAUAUACUGAUCCAUGGGCUUCUUAGGCUCAAGUACUCCCUCCCACUUGUGUGCCAAUGGAAGAGAUGGCUCUCAUGAAUCCUUUUAACUACUUUACAUCACAGGACAUUCUGUUCUGACAUAAACCUCCAGCCCGAUUUUGAUAAGAGAGCAUUAUUCUUUAUUUUCAUAUCGCAUAAUUCGAGACCUCCAUCUCUCUCUGUUUUGGUGAGUUUGUUUCAUUUAACCAUAUGAUUCAUCUUCCCCUCACUUUUACCUUCUCAGAAGAACUUUCUCGUAAUUUUUUCCAAAGUAUUAGAAAUAAAGGUUGGCAUGGAAAGUGGACAUGUAAUAUUUGGGAACGUUAGAAAGGACUGAUUUGCAUAAAGUGAUUCUACCUCCUCCACUUGCUUAGUUUUCCUUGGACUUUAUCUAUGAUGAGUUGCCAAAAUGAGGAACUUUUUGGUCACUUCUAAGUGGUAGACCGAGGUACAUAAUGGGGAGUUUCUCUGUCUUGCAACUUAACCUUGAGGCCAUUUCAGCAGUCUUUCUUUCCUCAAUGUUGAUCCUGCAGAUAGAAGACUUUUCCCAAUUAACUUUUUGGCCUGAACACCAUUCAAAUAUAACCAAAGUCUUACAAAGGCUUCCCAUCAUAGCCAAACAAAAGGGACUCAUCAGCAAUUUGAAGUAAGGGAACAUGGACCUUGUCUUUGCCUACCGUAAAGCCUUCAAACAUUAUAUUUACGUGAAUCGUUGAGAUGAGGCUACUAAGAACUUCACUUACAAGAAGGAAUAGAAAAGGGGAGAGUGGAUCUCCUUGUCUUAGGCUUCUUGAUGCUUGUAUUCUGCCUCUUGGACGGCCAUUUAUGAAGAUUGAGCACUUGGGCAUUGAUUGGAUAAUGGGCAAUGGAAAUUACUACCUUGUUAUCACAGUAAAUACCCAUCGGCAUCGUCUGAGUGAAUCUCAAUUCUUCCAACAGUCUUCUUACCUCACAAAUACCAUGGGCUUGCUCUAAAUUUUGCUUCUGCACUACAUCUAGAAAUCGCAUGUUGCUUUUUACUAUACCAAGUAACAAAAUUUCCUCCAACAAAGGAGCAGUAACCAGAUGUGGAUCUUAUAUCAGUCAUGCUACCUGCCCAAUCAGCAUCAGUGUGAACUUCAACAUUAAGAUGAUCAUGCCUUUUAAACAAUAUGCCUUUUCUUGGAUUACCUUUCAAAUAUCUUAAGAUUCUAUAAACUGCAUCAAAGUAAGCUGACCUAGGAGCAUGCAUGAACUGACUUACCAAGCUAAUUGAAAAAGCGAUGUCAAGACGUGUGUGAGAAAUAUACACGAGUCUCCCCACAAGUCUUUGGUACUUUUCUCUUUCCUUUAUCUCAUUUUUUGUUGUAGCGUCUAAUUUCAAAUUCUACUAAAGUGGAGUUUCUACUACCUUGCAACCAAGUAAUCUGUUUCUUUCGGUAUAUCAAGAAUAUACUUCCUUUGGUUAAUAAGAAUGCCACUUUUGGACUUGACAAACUUCAUACCUAGGAAGUACAUUAAGGUUCCUAAGUCUUUAAUUUGGAAAUCAUCAACUAACUUUUUCUUCACGAAAGUCAAUCCUGCCUCAUCAUUGCCUAUAAGAAUGAUAUCACCAACAUAGACUAUCAAAACUAUAACCUUGUCAUUUUCUGUAUGUUUAUAAAACAUCGUAUGAUUGAAUCCAUAGCUCGUGACUGCUUUUUCUAAGCAUUCAAACCAAGCUCUAAGAGACUGUUUGAUACUAUAGAAUGAUCUCUUUAACUUGCACAGUUCAUUAAUCCUGAACCAUGUGGCAAGUUCAUAAAUACCUCUUCUUCAAGUUCCAUUGAAAAAGACAUUUUUAACAUCUGGUUGAUAAAGAGCCCAAUCAAAGUUACUGCAACUAGAGCAAAUGUUUCUUGAUAAUCAACUCCAUAGAUCUGAGUAAACCCUUUAGCAACCAAUUUGGUGUUGUAAUUUUCAACACUACCAUGAACUUUACAUUUCACCGUUAAAACCCACUUGCAUCCAACUGUUUUCUUAUCUUUUGGUAGUUCAACUAUGUUCUAUGUGCAAUUUUGUUCCAGAGCGUUCAUCUCUUCCAUCACUACUAAUUUCCGAUACAAAU